ACAACACCUCUUGCAUCAUCCGUCCUUCCCUCCUCCUCCUCCAUCAUCCCAUCUUGCAUUCGCAGUCCUCCAGAUCCCAUCCGCCUCGCCGUUUCCAUCGACGCAGACGCCCGCAUCUCCGUGUUUGCUCCUCAGCGACAUUUUCCUCUUGCAUCCCGCUCUCCGCCUUUCGCUCGUUUGUCCGCUCCAAGCAGCUAGCCAACGCAACGCUCCUCUCCUCAGCCCCCUCUCACGCCUCUGAUCUCUCCUCGUUUUCCCACGUCGCCUGUCCGCCCCAAGCCAUGGCCUCCGUCUUGUGAAUUAUUAUCUAUCCAAGCAAUUAAAUCGAUCACCAAACCAAAUAUCUCCCGAUCCUGCAGCCCCUUGCAGAAUCUCCUUCAGCCGCCUUCCACCUUCGCCCGCCUCCUCUCAGCCUCGCCUCCCACAACGUCAUUAUGCCUUCGAAACACAACACCAACGCCUCAGGCGGCACCGCACAAGUCAGUCAUCGUCUUCGCAACUUCUUCCGAAUCAACUCGCCUGCUCCCGGUGAAAAGAAUAAGAAUGACUCUGGCACCAACUCAAAUAACUCGGGCUCCGACACGCCAACGAAGUCUCAUCGCCAUACCAAGUUCUUUAGCAGCACCGUUGGCCGCCUCCGUGCACACACCGUCGCCAGCGAGGCCAACCAGCUUGAAGAGGCCAUGAGCCCGACUGCUCACGCAAACCCGUACUUUGCCCACCAGGGCCAGCCGGGUCUGCGUCAUCACAACGAGAGCUCCGUACCUCCUAGCCCCCCAGAUACCCCAACACUCACCAUCUCUGGGCCCGAUGGCACCGCGUCGAAAAAGGCCACCAGCGAAACAAAGGAAGAGCUUGCCCGCCGCUUGCGACGAGUAGCCAGUGCCCCUAAUGCCCAGGGGCUCUUCGCCAACGACCAAGGAAAGCUUAUUGAUCCCGAUCGCCCUGGAACUGCCGAGCUCGGCAAGGACCCCCUCAUUCAAAACUCCCAAUCUGGAACCGUUGGAUUUGCCAGUCCCAAAACUGCCGCCAAGAACCAAUCUGCCAUUGUCGACGACGACACCCUCGGCGCUCUGCCCCCUCCAGUCACCACGGCCGGUUUCCGCAGAACGUACAGCUCCAACUCAAUCAAGGUUCGCAACGUCGAAGUUGGACCCUCCAGCUUUGACAAGAUUAAGCUUAUCGGCAAGGGCGAUGUUGGCAAAGUCUAUCUUGUGCGUGAAAAGAAGAGCAGUCGUCUCUACGCCAUGAAGGUUCUCAGCAAGAAGGAGAUGAUUAAGCGCAACAAGAUUAAGCGUGCUCUUGCCGAACAGGAGAUCCUGGCCACCAGCAACCAUCCAUUUAUCGUCACUCUCUACCAUUCUUUCCAGUCCGAGGAGCAUCUAUACCUGUGCAUGGAAUACUGCAGUGGUGGCGAGUUCUUCCGCGCGCUGCAGACCCGUCCUGGAAAGUGCAUUGCCGAAGACGAUGCUCGAUUUUAUGCGGCCGAAGUCACCGCAGCCCUGGAAUACCUCCAUUUGAUGGGUUUCAUCUACCGUGAUUUGAAGCCAGAGAACAUUCUUCUCCAUCAGUCCGGCCACAUUAUGCUUUCAGAUUUUGACUUGUCAAAACAAUCGGAUCUUGGCGGCAAGCCCACCAUGAUUGUUGGCAAGAACGGCGCCCGAACCGACGCUCUCCCCACGAUUGACACUCGAUCCUGCAUUGCCAACUUCCGCACCAACUCGUUUGUGGGCACCGAAGAAUACAUUGCACCAGAAGUUAUUAAGGGCAGCGGACAUACCAGUGCUGUAGACUGGUGGACUCUGGGUAUUCUUGUGUAUGAAAUGUUGUACGGCACGACACCUUUCAAGGGUAAGAACCGCAAUGCAACCUUUGCCAACAUUUUGCGAGAAGACAUUCCCUUCCCUGAUCAUGCUGGCGCCCCUCAGAUUUCUAACCUUUGUAAAUCUUUGAUUCGCAAGCUGUUGAUCAAGGACGAGAACCGCCGACUUGGAGCCCGCGCUGGUGCCUCUGAUAUCAAGGCUCAUCCCUUCUUCCGCACAACACAAUGGGCUCUUAUCCGCCACAUGAAGCCGCCAAUUGUGCCCAACGCUGGCCGUGCCAUUGACACGCUCAACUUCCGCAAUGUUAAGGAGAGCGAGAGCGUGGAUAUUAGCGGUGCCAAGCAGAUGCACAUGAAGAAUGGCGUUCCAUUGGACAGCGGCCUUGUCACGCCUGGCAGUGAGCCUGCUGAUCCCUUUGUCGAAUUCAACAGCGUGACCCUGCACCACGAAGGCGACGACCAUAGCUCCCACCACAGCUACAACUAGUCGAUGCCAGCUGUGGCGGAGUGACGAUGUUUUACAAUUCGAAGAAAAGAAAGGCGAGAAUCGAAGAGAAAAGGAAAACCAUGAGAUAUGAGUAGCAUACCCAAGUGCGCUUAUGACUUUUGUUUUACAAGCGAAACUUGUGUCUUUUUGUUUUGGCGUUUGUCUGUCAAUUUCCUGUAUCUCCUUUGUGGUUUUUGUGUGAUUAUAUGUGCAAAGCUGCAUGCAACAACGGUCAUCAAUGACCCUUGCGUGGUGUGUGGUAGUGAGGGGACGUUACAAACAAACUGACAUGAAGAAUAUAUAGAGCAUUAGCAUUAUUACGAUUGAUUUUGAUAGCUGUAUUGAUUUUAUCCCAGCGCAUAGCUUCCCCCUCUCCACUAGCCAUAAAAAUGUGAUGUGAUUUUAUAGUAUUACAUGUAGUAUACACAGACUUCUCCUUGCCAUGUUAGUUCAAGUUUGGCCCAAUCUUAUCCAUGCCAUCCAUCCACGGCCUCAAACACUCUGGGAUAGCCACGGUGCCAGAAUUUUCAUCCCAUCCAGCCUCAAGCAGCGCUGCCAGCACUCGCGGCACAGCCAACGCCGUGCCAUUGACUGUCCACGGGAAGCCCAAGUCACCCUUAUACCGCAAUCUCGUAGCCAGUCUGCGCGCCUGGUAAUCCGUACACAUGCUUGCCGAGCUAACCUCGCCCCAUCCAUCGCCCAUAGAAGCCGCACGGCUCGGGAACCACGCCUCCAUGUCAACUUUACGAGCUGCCGAAGCGCCCAGGUCCGAAGCCGGCAUAGCCAAGAUACGCGCAUGCAGACCCAGCGACUCAAUAAUCUCCGUCUGAAUAUCCAGCAUCUCCUCAAACACAUCCUCGUCAUGCGGCUCCGUCCACGCAAACAUCUCCACCUUGGUGAACUCGUGCACGCGGUACAGGCCCUUUGUACUUGCGCCGCGCGCGCCCGCCUCGGCGCGGUAACACCGCGACACAGCGACUCGCUUCAGCGGCAUCUCGCCCAUCUGCAGCUCCGUGUUAGCCUUCAUGCCUGCCAGCGGGAUCUCCGAGGUCCCUGCGAGGACAUGCGCCGGCACACCGCGCGCAACGUCCUCCGCGGCCUGCGCAACAGCAUAGACCUGCUGCUCGCCGUGCUGGUCGCGCGGCUGGAACCCGCACGCAGAGCCAAUGUGGCUAUAGACCAUGCUGGGCGGGGAGACUUGUGUCCAGCCGUGCCGUUUGGCAGAGGUGAGGGCGUACUGGACGAGCGCUUGCUCGAGCUGUGCGGCUGCGCCGACGAGGUAGUACCAGCCCCAGCCGGACGUGUGUGCGGCGGCAGCAAAGUCGAGAAUGCCGAGUUGUGUGCCGAUGUCGACGUGGGAUUUGGUGGAGGCGGAGGCGGCGGGUGCCUCAUUGAUGUAGCUGAGGACUUCGUGGUCCUUGCCGAGGGGUGUGUCUGGGGAAGUGAUGUUGGGGAGUUCGAGAGCGAGGGCUUCGAUUUCAGCGAGCGCUGCGGUCUCGGAAGGCGAGAUGGUGGCUAAUUGGGCCUUGAUGGCCUUGGCUUCGUCCUGGAGAGCGUCGCGGGAGAGGCCGGCGAGUUCGGGGAUGUCAGAGGGGGAUUUGCUGGCGAGGCCCUUGCCGAGGAGGUUGGCGCGGGUGCGCAGGGCUUUGGCGCUGGUUUGGAGGUUUUGCCAUUCGGUGUGGAGGUCGAUGAUGGAUUGGGGAUGUGUUGCUUGGCGGGUGUAGUUGCGGUCGAUGCAGUUUUGGGCGUAGAGCGCGGGGUUUUGCCGGAUGUGUUUGAUGUCGAUGAUGGGUUUGGGGGCCUGGGCGUGGCGCUUUUGGUCGGAGAAGAGUCGUGAAAAAGGAGGGAUUCGGGCGGGUAUUUGGAAGCGUGUGCUGCUGCUACAGCAGCGCAGACACUUUGCGCGGUUCAUUGUGCAGCGCAGCG